CUCCUCCCCCCAGCACCUUCUCCCCAUAAUUUCUCUCUUUCUCUCUAUUGCUCUAUCUCUCUGUUCUCUUCUGUCCCAUUUUUACUUGUAAAAGUGAGCCAUCUGAAACAAGAAAAUCUUGGACAAUCUAGGUCAGACUGGAGCCGGGAAAGAGAUUCUUCAUCCACUAUACCCGCAAUGGAUUGGAUCACAAACAUAUCUUCAGGUAUCUACCAAACAGAGGAUGAAGUGGAGCCACUGAUUAGAAGAUACCUAAACAGCACUGAGGACUACCUUACCUUUUUAUAUGGACCCAGACGGAGCCAUUUGUUCCUGCCUAUGACUUGGAUAUAUGCUUCGAUUUUCCUAGUUGGAGUGUCAGGCAACCUUUUAGUGUGCCUGGUGAUUCUCAGGCACCGCAACAUGAAAACGCCCACUAACUAUUAUCUCUUCAGCCUUGCCAUUUCCGACCUGCUGGUCCUGCUCUGUGGGAUGCCCUUGGAAGUCUACGAAAUGUGGAGCAACUACCCCUUCUUGUUUGGAUUGGCUGGGUGCUAUUUCAAGACGGCUCUCUUUGAGACAGUGUGCUUCGCCUCCAUCCUGAACGUCACCACAGUCAGCAUAGAGCGGUACGUGGCCAUCAUGCACCCCUUCCGAGCCAAGCUGAAGAGCACCAGGCGGCGCGCUUUGAGGAUCAUCAUUGCCCUGUGGCUCCUGUCUGUCCUCUUCUCUCUUCCCAACACCAGCACCCAUGGCAUCGUACUGCAGUAUUUCCCAAAUCACACAGAAGUCCCUGGCUCAGCAACGUGUGCUGUGGUUCAGCCCAUGUGGAUCUACAACUGUAUCAUCCAGUUAAGCUCCUUCCUCUUUUACGUGCUGCCAAUGAGUGUCAUCAGUGUGCUCUACUGCCUGAUGGGGAUGAAACUGAGAGGAGACUGUUCUUUGGAAGUAGAUGAAAUGGGAAUUAAUGUUAAAAGACCAUCCAGAAAGUCUGUCACUAAGAUGUUAUUUGUCCUAGUAAUCGUUUUUGGCAUAUGCUGGGCUCCGUUCCACACAGACCGACUCUUCUACAGCUUUGUCGUAAACUGGACAGAACCUCUUGCCAAUAUGUUCAACUUAAUCCAUGUGGUGUCAGGCAUUUUCUUCUAUCUGAGUUCUGCUGUUAACCCUAUAAUCUACAAUUUGCUGUCCAGGCGUUUUAGGAUGGCUUUCCUGAGUGUCAUCUUUCCUCAGUGCAAACACUGGCACCCCAGACACACUACCAGUCGCCUCCCAUCCCAGCGGAGCAUCUUCAUGCUUGGGGAACUCAAUGUUGCAGGGUCUGCAGAAGAAAGAAGCCAUCCAUAUCCGCAGAGGUCGUCUGUCUGCAGCUCUCACCUGUCUGGCGGUCUGUGACUAAUGUGACCUUUGGAUGUCCUCCCAGCCGCACGGGAGCUACUUAUCCAUGACCAGCUCUUGCACAGCUGAAAGAUCAUAUGAAUGACCCAAGUGUGUGGUUCUUUGCUGUGAAAUUGGCACAGUACCAGAAGGAGCAGGGCUCGUUCCAUGGGAGAGGCUACACAAUCAGGCCCCAUCCACAUGGUUUCCCAGCUGUGCAGGAGAUGCUCGUGCAUAAGGGCACCUUGUUGGAUGCUGAAGGAUGAGGCCCACAUGAGAGAUGUGAGGAGAAAUAGAAAUUACACUUCCUUUUGAGGAGAUGGGGGGCUUUGGGGAGCACCCUUUCACCCUACAAAUUGUCUUUCUGUUGGUGUUCAUUCUACAGCCUUCCCGGGUAUCUAUACUUCCAGAAAGUCCUCUUAUGGCCUCAUCUGGGCUUUCCUGUAAGUGUAAGAAGCUAGAGGAGGCACCUACCAUGUCUUUGACAGUUGUUCACUGUUAUUUUUCCUUUUAAAGAAAUCAGUGCGGAAAGUGAGUGUGUUUUUUAAGAAAGGAAUGAAUAAAUAAAAGGAAGCUGUUCCUUUAAAAACAAAACCAGCAAGAGCACCAGUCUCAGACACCCGGUAGCCAGCUUCUGCAACUUCUGGUGCUUCAGUUAAUUCCCAGGGGAAAGGCAUCAUGAGGUAACUCAUGCCAUGGAGCUAUUAAGAUCAAGUAGCGCCAGCAUCCAGAGAGGUUAGAGACUGCUGGAAGAAAGAUUGAAUAGAA